AUGGCGAUAAAAGUGGCCUUCUCCCUCUCCCAACCUGGCAAGCCCGUCCUGCGCUCUCUACUCCUCAUCUCGACAGGCGCUCCUCAGCUCAGUCAAGCGGACAUCUUACAGACGACAAGGGAGGAGGGAUGGGAUUCCAAACCGCCGAUUGGAGAAUCAACCCUUCUCCAUCCGCGAUCUACCCUCUUCCGUAAUGGAAAAGCACCAACCUAUAAUUACAAGGAGACGGUCAUUAUCACUUCCCAAUUUGAGGAGGUGCGCAUCAUCCCAGAGGAUGCCCGUUCUGGCUCCCUCGCGAGGAAGACAGACGCCUACCCCCUCGCUCUCCUUAAACACGCACAGCGUAUCCUUCAACCACGCAGUACUGCAGAGCUUUGCGCCCCUCCCCUCUCUCCGGGGGCUUCUCCGUCCCGAUCUUCCGCACGCACCCCGUCCCGAUCUUCCGCACGCACCCCGUCCCGAUCUUCCGCACGCACCCCGUCCCGAUCUUCCGCACGCACCCCGUCCUACCCCUGA